GGGCGAUGAUGAUUCGCGCGGACGGGCGCCGGGGCGGGACGGGCGGAGAACGGGCGCGAAGGCAGGGCGACGCCCGCGCGCGGCGACCGGUGGGGGCGUGGGGGAGGAUGAUUCGUGGGUCCAUCUCACGCGAACGGGGGGGACGAGUGAUCUGUGGGACGAGGUGGCGGCGGACGAGGAGGCGGAGCGCGCGCCGGCGUUCGACGAGGACGCGGACGCGUUCGUGGACACUCCCGAGCGGGCGAGAGCGUUGGAUUCGGCGCUCAAAGGGUUGGUAUCGAGAGAUGGGAGGGUGACGUACGGGCUGAAGCCGCUCCACGGACGGUUGUUGACGGCGAAGAUUAAGGAGUUGGGGAACGCCAAGCGGCUGGACGCGGUGUUCCAGCUCCUGGACAUGUCAGCCAUACCCACCACGCCGAACGGGCGGAAGAUCACGAUCGGGGCCGUGAUUGGAGCGUGCGUGAAGUGUGAGGAUUUGGAUACGGCGUAUAGGCUCUUGAUGAAGCUCGACGGACCGGAAGAGUGCGGGGCUGGCGCGCCGGCGUACAGCGCGCUCAUGUUGGGAUAUGCCAGGCAAGGACGCCUCAUCGAGGCUUUGGGGUUACUGGAGCAAUGGGAGCGGGGACGGGGACCGAAGGAGGACACUCCCGAGCGGGCGAGAGCGUUGGAUUCGGCGCUCAAAGGGUUGGUAUCGAGAGAUGGGAGGGUGACGUACGGGCUGAAGCCGCUCCACGGACGGUUGUUGACGGCGAAGAUUAAGGAGUUGGGGAACGCCAAGCGGCUGGACGCGGUGUUCCAGCUCCUGGACAUGUCAGCCAUACCCACCACGCCGAACGGGCGGAAGAUCACGAUCGGGGCCGUGAUUGGAGCGUGCGUGAAGUGUGAGGAUUUGGAUACG